AUGGCGGCGCCGCCGAGCCCCGUGCACGGCGCCGUCACCGCCGCCGUCUCGGAGAAGGACGCCCUGGGCCGGACGCAGCCUCCCGCCCGGGACCCGCCGGGCCCCCUGUCGGCCAAGAAGGUGCGGACGGAGGAGCGGAAGCUGCCGCGGAGGCUCAACGGCGAGGGCGGCAGCGGCGGGAACGGGAACGGGAACGGCCGGCAGCGGCUGCAGCCGCCCGCGGCCCCGAAGCCUCCGGGCUACGGCGGCGGCCCCGCGCCCUGGGGCUUCCCGCCGCCCGCCAGCCCCGGGGCUCCGGCUCCCGCGCCCGCGCCGCUCGCCGCCGCCUCGCCCCAGCCGCCGCCGCCGCCGCCCACGCCGCUGCACGCGCCGCCGCCCGCCGCCGCCUCGCCUCGCAGACCCAAGGACAAGCGCGACAAGGAGCGGCGCCGCCACGGCCUCGGCGGCCCGGGGGAAGCCGCGGCCGCCCGCGAGGAGAACGGGGACGCCAAGGCUCCGCCGCGAGAUAAAAUCAAAGAUAAAAUUAAAGAAAGAGAUAAAGAAAAAGAGAGAGAAAAAAAGAAGCAUAAAGUAAUGAAUGAGAUCAAGAAAGAGAAUGGGGAAGUAAAGAUUUUGCUGAAAAGUGGGAAGGAGAGACCAAAAACAAGCACAGAAGACUUACAAAUUAAAAAGGUAAAGAAGAAAAAGAAAAAGAAACAUAAAGAGAAUGAAAAACGGAAGCGUCCCAAAAUGUAUAGCAAAUCUAUUCAAACCAUCUGCUCAGGAUUGUUAUCUGAUGUUGAAGAUCAAGAGGCCAAAGACAUCCUAAAUGAUAACAUACAGGAUUACAUUGGAAAGAAUGUGGAUAAUAAGAACUAUGAUUCCAAACUUCCUGAGAACAGUGAUUUUCCAUUUGUCUCAUUAAAGGAGCCACGGGUUCAGAAUAACCUCAAAAGGUUGGACACUUUGAAGUUCAAACAGCUCAUUCACAUUGAGCAUCAGCCUAAUGGAGGUGCAUCAGUUAUCCACGCCUACAGCACUGAACUCUCCAGUCUGUCUCCUGUGGAGAUGGAGAGGUUUGCAGAAGAGUUUGUGGGUCUAGUGUUCAGUGAGAAUGAAAACUCUGCAGCUUUCUAUGUAAUGGGUAUUGUUCAUGGGGCAGCUACUUACUUACCUGACUUUUUAGACUACUUUUCAUUUAAUUUUCCCAAUUCACCAGUGAAAAUGGAGAUACUGGGAAAGAAGGAUAUAGAAACUACAACUAUGUCCAAUUUUCAUGCUCAGGUAAAAAGAACAUAUUCUCAUGGUACUUACAGAGCUGGCCCAAUGCGACAGAUCAGCUUGGUGGGAGCAGUUGAUGAAGAAGUGGGAGAUUACUUCCCUGAGUUCCUUGACAUGUUGGAAGAUUCACCAUUUUUAAAAUGUACACUGCCAUGGGGGACACUGUCUAGUCUAAAAUUAGAAUGUCGAAAAGAUAGUGAUGAUGGUCCCAUUAUGUGGGUACGACCUGGAGAACAAAUGAUCCCUGUGGCUGAUAUGCCAAAGUCACCUUUCAAAAGGAAAAGAACUACCAAUGAAAUAAAAAACCUGCAAUACCUACCUCGAACUAGUGAGCCUCGUGAGAUGCUAUUUGAAGACAGGACAAGAGCUCAUGCAGACCACAUAGGACAAGGUUUUGAACGACAGACGACAGCUGCUGUUGGAGUACUAAAAGCUGUACACUGUGGAGAGUGGCCUGAACAACCUCGAAUAACCAAAGAUGUAAUUUGCUUCCAUGCUGAAGAUUUCUUAGAAGUAGUUCAGCGAUUGCAGUUAGAUUUACAUGAACCACCACUGUCCCAGUGUGUCCAGUGGGUUGAUGAUGCAAAACUUAAUCAAUUGAGGAGAGAAGGCAUUCGCUAUGCCAGGAUUCAGCUAUAUGAUAAUGACAUUUAUUUUAUUCCAAGGAAUGUUGUUCAUCAGUUCAAGACAGUCUCAGCUGUAUGCAGUUUAGCAUGGCACGUUCGACUCAAGUUGUAUCACUCAGAGGAGGACACUGCUCAGAAUACAGCUGCUCAUGAAACAAGUACAUUAUCAGAUUCCUCAUCUUCACUUCUUGGACCUCAAGUUGAUAGCAGGGCUGGACCUCAAGUUGAUAGUAGGGCUUGUACUGUAAGGAAAACAUCCCUGGAUUCUGUUUUGUCAGAUAAGCUUCACUCUACAUAUGAAUUACAGCAGAUUAAACAUGAACCUAGUUCAUCUGUAAGAAUCAAGGAAGAACCUAUGAAUGUUUGUGUUUCUGAAAAGACUAGAGCACCGAAUAAUAUGGAUGGCAAGAAUGUUAAAGCAAAAUUGGAUCAUGUUCAAUUUACAGAAUUUAAGAUGGACAUAAACUCUAAAUUUGAAAACAGUAACAAAGAUUUAAAGGACAAAUUAUAUCCUGGAAGUCUCAUAAAUCUAGUUGACACAAGGCAACAUAAUUCAGCACAUUCAAGUCAAGAUAGAAAAGAUGAUGACGUUUUGUGUUAAGUUUGUACAUACCAUCUAAAACUCCUUUUUUUUUUUAAAAAAAAACUGAAUAAUGUAAUAAAGAUUCAUGAAUUCUUAAAGCAAGUCAAGGACUUGCUCCCAAAUCCUGUUGCAAAAUAUAGUUUAUGUAGCUUUGUAACAUUCCUCAGUGCCUGUCCAUAACUGUGAAUUAUCAAAGCACUUAGGGCCAGAUGCACUGUAAACACUUGCAGGUCUAAAAGUUCUUAAAAAAUUAUUUGAGUUGGAGUUCUAAGAUUUAGAACAGAGCUGACAUUAUCAUAUGUGUUUGUAUAUACAUGAAUGUAUAUGCACACAUGUACAUAUACAGACACACACUUUUUUUAAUAACAUGAGCCAGAAUUCUUUUCAACAAUUUACAGAUUUUUUCCAUAGAGCUUGUUUAUACCAUUUCUCCCUUCUGCCCACCACCCCUUUUUAACUAUAUCAGCAUAGUAGUGUAAAUAUCUCUAAAAAUCUUUAAGUGUGAUUUAUACUGAAAUAUGAGCCAUUUAAUAAAGGUUCAUAUAGUAAAUACAUUUUCUGUUGAGAUGGAAAAAUUGACAAUUCAGUUAAAGCAUUUGAUCUAUUAUGUUUUCUGGUAUAUCCAUUUAGGGUGGUAAUGGAGUACAAAUGUCUAUUUUUCAAACUGUCAGUACUUAAAUUCCCCAUACUGCAAAUUUUUUGAAGAUUGUUAUGAAGGUAGUUUGUGUGUGUGUGUGUGUGUGUGUGUG